AUGCGUGUGAUACUGGCGCGAAGCCCAUCUCUGUCAUAUGUCAGUCCGAUUCGCAUGCUUCGAGUUCCGCGACCCGGCGAAAUCGGUUUUGGUCUAUCAGGAGAGGUGAGCACCACUCUGCAUGACACUCUUCAAACACCACUGGGGGUCAGCGCGAAUACUGGAGACGCUUCCUUUGUGCUCAAAAUCUUCGUGCCCCUCGCUAUUACCCUCUUGCUCCUCGUCCUUGUCCUCACCGUGGUCUGCUGCCUCCGCGGCCCUCUCAUGCGUGAGCCCGUGAUCGGAAGACUGUGCGCGCCCAAGACCUCACCGUCUGCGCAUGUGAUCCACCGGCUUAAUGGAUGCCGUGUGGGAGAUCGGCGCUACGUUACCGCAGCUGCGACUCUCAAAGGGUCCAAAAAACUAGGAAAAUCUGAUGCUUCGAACGAUGCAUCCAGCGAAUACAUGGGAAAAGAAACUGUGAUAUACGUGCCCAUGGGACCUACGGGAGACAGCAACAGCCCCUCCUUGGAUCGCCAGGGUACAAGUCAAGUAGACAGUGGACCAUCGAAGAGGUGGUUUGACAUGAACAAUCUGUCCCAUUGUACACUAAACCAAAGUCAUCCGCAGCAUCCUUCCAUCUCAACAUUCGCCCCAACCCGCUGUCUCUCGCCCUCCUUCACACUGGUUCCGCCCAUGGCGGUGGCACCUUGGCAACGCCUCGCACACCUCGACGCCUCCGCCUCUCUCAGUCCGGAUCGAAAAUUGCCAAACGGCUAG